AAAAAAAGAAAGAAAGAGGAGCCGACUAGAAGUAGUAAUAUUAAGAUUUUAAAAGGCAAAAUGAGGAAUUUUAUCGACUCUGCUUCUUCCUUAGUAUAAUUCUGGUUAGCCCCUUCCCUUCUGUACCGGCGGCAGGCUCUUCACUAGGUUCUUCUACUUAGAUUAUGAAGUGAGGCACACCAGCUUAUAAAAAUGGCAGCUGCACAAUUGACCAGUAAGGCGUUAUAUAAUGGGUUUACUGAAUUGGAAGUGAAAGAGGAGAUUUCCAAAUGCUGCUCGUUAAGAUUCUCACAUCGCCAUUUUAGUUCCUUUUCAAGAAUCAGUCAGAAUAGCUUGAAAAAUGUUUAUGGUAGCAACAGUUGUUCUUUAUCAAUUGGAAAAAGCAAAAGAUUUUCAUAUGCACCUGUUCUUUUCCCAAGGAAGCAGAAAUAUUUAAGGUUCCGCAAUAAGUUCAGUUCAGAGAGUGGUGCGGAAACUUCUGAUUUGCAAUAUACCACUGCUGUAAAGGGAAUGGAUGAUCUCUCAAGCUCAAGGGGAGAAGUAGAUGAGUUGAAUGAGACUGUUCCCAUUAUAACAAAUGUCGAAAGUGAAUCAAUAGAAGAGGCUCCGACAAGUUCAUCUCAAUCUGAGGAUGUCAGGCGUGAGCUUGUGAUGCUGUCUUUGCCAGCAAUUGCUGGACAGGCCAUUGACCCUUUGGCACAGUUAAUGGAGACUGCUUAUAUUGGGCGCCUGGGUUCUGUGGAAUUAGCUUCAGCUGGUGUCUCAAUAUCAAUUUUUAACAUAAUAUCAAAGCUUUUUAAUAUUCCUCUACUUAGUGUUGCUACAUCUUUUGUCGCUGAAGACAUCGCCAAGAAUGCAACCAAAGUUAACAUGUCAGAGGGGGCAAAAGGCACUGAUGGUAGAUUUCCCACUGGGGUAGCAGAAAGGCAUCAGUUUUCUUCUGUGUCUACCGCAUUAUUUUUAGCUGUUGGCAUCGGCAUAAUUGAAGCUUUGGCUUUGGCGUUGGGAUCUGAACUACUUCUUGGUUUAAUGGGCAUAUCAUCUACUUCACCUAUGAGAGUUCCAACAAAACAAUUUCUUGCUGUGCGUGCUCUUGGUGCUCCUGCAUUUGUAGUUUCUUUGGCCCUUCAAGGCAUAUUCCGUGGAUUUAAGGAUACAAAGACUCCAGUCUUCUGUUUAGGCAUUGGGAACUUUGCAGCUAUAUUUUUGUUUCCCUUACUUAUGUACUAUUUCGGCUUGGGUGUGUCCGGAGCUGCCAUAUCCACUGUCAUUUCACAAUACCUAGUGGCCUUCUCUAUGAUGUGGUAUUUAAAUCAGAGAGUAAUGAUAUUACCUCCACGAUUUGAAGAGCUGCAAUUUGGUGGCUAUUUAAAAUCUGGUGGAUUUCUCAUUGGAAGAACUCUUUCUGUCCUUUUCACAAUGACACUUGCUACAUCAAUGGCUGCCCGUCAAGGUGCUGUAGCAAUGGCGGGUCACCAAAUAUGCUUACAAGUUUGGCUAGCUGUCUCCCUCCUCACAGAUGCACUGGCUGCAUCUGCACAGGCGUUGAUUGCUAGUUAUUUAUCAAAAGGAGAUUACGUGGUGGCAACUGAAAUUACACACUAUGUUCUAAAGAUAGGGCUAGUUGCAGGUGUCUUUUUAGCGGCUGCAUUAGGUGUUUCUUUUGGCUCUUUAUCUACUUUAUUUACCAAGGACACAGAGGUGCUAGCUGUGGUUAGUACAGGUUUAUUGUUUGUCAGUGCCAGUCAACCAAUAAAUGCUCUUGCGUUUAUCUUUGAUGGCCUCCAUUAUGGUGUUUCAGACUUCGCUUAUGCAGCUCACUCCAUGAUGUUGGUGGGGGCAAUAUCAUCUGGAUUUCUGCUUUGUGCUCCUAGACUUCUUGGUCUUCCUGGUGUUUGGUUGGGAUUGACCCUUUUCAUGGGCUUACGCAUGAUGGCUGGGUUUAUCAGGUUAUUGUCAAAGAGAAGUCCUUGGUGGUUUCUGCAUUGUGAUGCAAAUGAAGCUAAGGUUAUUAGUUGAGUGGAUUAGAUUUCAGACCAUGACACCUCCUAUCAUAUUCAUGAUUAUAACUUAGCUUUCUUGGAUGUUGUCUUUUUCUCUGAAAAUAGGAUUACCGAGUCUCUAUUCUCCAUGGGUGCUUGCUUUCUUAAUAUUUGUUUUUCCUUUACACUACCCCCCACUUUAAGUUAUUUUCUGGGUGGUGGUGGAUGUUCGAAGAUUCAUCACGACUGCAAUAAUGCCUUGCGGCUUGGUCUGUCCUAUGUACAUAA